AUGGAUUCGAGGGAUAUCUUUUACUUACUCAUAUGGAAGGGUGCUGAUCCACUAUGGGUCAGUGAACGUCAAGAAAAUCUGGCGCAUCUUCUUAUGCAUAAUAACGGAGCAGAUCAUGAGACACUCAAUUUACUGUUUGAUUUGGGUUUGGACCCAGCAGCACGAGAUACUGAUGGCAAGACUUUUAUGCAUCAUGGGGCAAUUCAUGGUGCGUUCACCGAGGAACUUGUAGAGUUCCUUAAAUCAAUAGGUGCCUUGGAUUUGCAUACCAGAGACUCGAUUGGCAAGACCCCCCUCGAUUACGCCGAAGAAAAGGCUCAUCAGAAAUUUUCGGACGUUAUUCUCUUACAUUUUGCUGGGAAAUGGAAAGAAUCUUUUAAGAAUUUGAGCGCAGUGGCUAGUACGCUCCUAUGA